AUGCUGCUUACUAAGAGAUUUUCGAAGUUGUUCAAGCUGGCGUUUAUAGCCUUGAUAUUAUGCGGGCUGUUCGUCAUUACGAACAAAUACAUGGAUGAGAACACGUCCGUCAGGGAGUACAAGUCGUACUUGCAAGAUUAUCUUGACAGUCACUCUAACAAGCAUCCUUCUACAGACGCUCCCGUCACUGAUGAUUCAAGUUCUUCGAAAGUCAAUGAUAACGCGGCCACUAGAAAGCUGAAAGAUUUCUACGAUAAAGUCUUCAACUUCUUGAUUCUGGAUUCCCCCACGGGGAAGUCCGCAAGAAAUUACGGCAAGGCAUGUCUGCUAAAUGGCGACAUCGGGGACCGUCCCGACCAAUACGAAGAACUUCACAAGUUAUCUGCCAAACAGUUGUCGAAGUGUUUGGAACUGUCUCCCGACGAGAUAUCAAGACUGACCAAAAGUCACAGGGAUUACGUGGAACAUAUAGCGACUCUACUCCUGCCAAAGGGCACCUAUAAGGGCUCCGGUAUAGCCACCGUGGGUGGUGGUAAGUUCUCGCUCAUGGCAUUUUUGAUCAUCAAAACCUUGAGAAACAGGGGUACCAAUCUGCCAGUGGAAGUGCUUAUUCCUCCCGGUGAUGAGGGUGAAAGUGAAUUCUGUAACAAAAUUCUACCCAAGUAUAAUUCCAAGUGCAUUUACGUUUCAGAUAUCUUACCGGUGGAGACGAUCAAAAAAUUCCAUUUUGAAGGCUACCAGUUCAAGUCCUUGGCCCUCAUUGCUUCCAGUUUUGAAAACUUGCUUCUACUGGACGCUGAUAAUUUCCCAAUCAAAUCUCUAGACAAUAUAUUCAACGAAGAACCAUACGUAUCAACAGGCUUGGUCAUGUGGCCUGAUUUCUGGAGGCGUACCACCCACCCCUUGUACUACGAAAUUGCCGGUAUCCCUGUAAACAUGAAUAAAAGGGUCCGUAACUCCCAAGACGAUAUCACCCCGCCCGCUGUUUACACGAAGGAUCUAAAAAAUCUGGAUGAUGUCCCGCUGAGUGACCUAGACGGCACGAUUCCCGAUGUCUCCACGGAAUCCGGCCAGCUGAUGAUAAACAAGUCCAAGCAGUUGGCCACCGCCCUGUUAUCUCUAUUCUACAACGUUAAUGGUCCAAACUGGUACUAUCCAAUCUUCUCUCAAAAAGCCGCUGGUGAAGGUGAUAAAGAAACUUUCAUUGCCGCCGCUAACUUUUAUGGUGAGCCUUUUUACCAAGUUAGAACCAGGACAGGCGUUGAAGGCUACCAUGAAAACAAGGAUUUCCAUGGGGUAGCAAUGUUACAGCAUGAUUUUGUCCAGGAUUACAGCCGUUACUUAAUUGCCUCUAAGAAGACCAAUGACAAGUACAACACGAUGAAAUCCUCUGCCUCAAUCAAGUUUGACAAAAGCUACUCCUUUGAAAAUUAUUUCGAAGAAUUUUUCGAGAACGAGGACACAAACGCCAAGAAUCAUGUGGAUGUUAUGUUUAUUCACUCAAACCUUCCAAAAUUUGACCCUUACGACCUAUCCGAAACCAAUUUUUUGACCAUAGAUAAGAAGCCUGCUCGUUCGUACACCGCCUUACAUAAAAUUCAGAAUUACGAUAUCGAACUGGAGAAUUUCAAAGCCUUGAAAGAAUACGUCUGCACUAACAAGAACCCUUUCAAGUAUCUUGAUGACGCCUUGGGUGAAGACAAGGUGAAAUGGAAAAAAAUGUGCGAUUACAUUACCGAGAGAUUGGAGUUUUUAGAAUCCACUCAUGAUAAGGCGAUUGCUGAUAAAUAA